AUGUACUUGUACAAGCAGAGUGAAGGUGUUAACUGUGGUGUUACUGAGUGGGUUGACAAGCCCUGGCAUCCAAUUCUUCAGAAUUGCUUGUCCAGGCUGUGGGACAUGUACCAUGAACAGAAUUGUGGCAGGGUAGUUGAUAAGCAGAAGUAUGAGAAGCAUUUGGCCAAGCUUAAGACUGAAAAUGACAAGUUGUGCAUUGAGUACACAAAGCUUGUCCAAGAUGUAUCCAAGAUGUUUGAUUGGCAGGAUGGUAGGGUAGACCACAUGGAUUACCAGAAGGCAGUUGAGGAGGAAGAAUUUGAGAAGAAGAAGAAAGAGGUAGAAGAGAGUGCUAGGUUGGAGGUUCAGAUGGAGAAGCUCAAACUUGCCAAGGAACAGAGGAAGGCAAUGAAGGAGGUUGAACAGGAGAGAGAUUUGCUUAAGAUAGAGAAGGCCAAGCUUGAGCAUGUGGUGAAUGAGCUGUUGAAUGAUGGGCAUGCAAGCAAGGAGAAACUUGAGAAAAUCAAGGCCAUCCUUGAUUGA